CAGUAAUAUUACUACUCGGUUGGUAGAGUGGCCGUGCCAGCAACUUGAGGGUUGCAGGUUCGAUUCCCGCUUCCGCCAUCCUAGUCACUGCCGUUGUGUCCUUGAGCAAGACACUUUACCCACCUGCUCCCAGUGCCACCCACACUGGUUUAAAUGUAACAUAGAUAUUGGGUUUCACUAUGUAAAGCGCUUUGAGUCACUAGAGAAAAGCGCUCUAUAAAUAUAGCUACUGUUAGUUUUCAAAGGGUAAAACGGUUCAAUCAAUGUGCUUAAUCAUUGGCAAUUUGUGUUUUUUUUUUGUGAUUUCUAUGGGAAGUGGUUUGGAUGCAGCUGAGAUAGGCUCCGGUAUUGUCCCCCGAAAGGGACAAGCGGUAAGAAACGGAUGGAUGGAAGUGGUUUGAUGGCGCUAUCUGCAAGUGGAAAAAGAACGCAAAAGGCGCAUUUUUAAAAGCUGAUUCUUCGAAAACAAUUCUGUGACAACUUCAAGAUGCGAGACUGCACAUUAUUCACAAUGGCAGAGUGAAGAUGGGUGACUGGAACUUCCUGGGGGGCAUUUUGGAGGAGGUGCACAUCCACUCCACCAUGGUGGGUAAGAUCUGGCUCACCCUGCUCUUCGUCUUCCGCAUGCUGGUCCUCGGCGUGGCGGCCGAAGACGUGUGGAACGACGAGCAGGCCGACUUUGUGUGCAACACGGAGCAGCCGGGCUGCAGGAACGCCUGCUAUGACCUGGCCUUCCCCAUCUCGCUCAUCCGCUACUGGGUGCUGCAGGUCAUCUUCGUGUCCUCGCCCUCGCUGGUCUACAUGGGCCACGCCCUCUACAGGCUACGGGCGCUGGACAAAGCCCGGCGGAGGAGGAGGGCGCUUCUGAGGAAGGAGCUGGAGGAGGUGGACGCCGAGUGGGUGGAAUCCAAGAAGAGGAUCGAGCGGGAGAUGAAGCAGCUGGAGCAGGGGAAGCCCAACAAGGCUCCCCUCAGGGGGUCUCUGCUGCGCACCUACGUGGCCCACGUGGUCACCCGCUCUGUGCUGGAGGUGGCCUUCAUGCUGGGCCAGUACCUCCUCUACGGCUUCCGCUUGCACCCCUUGUUCAAAUGCCAGCGCUUCCCUUGCCCCAACGCCGUGGAUUGCUACGUGUCCAGGCCCACGGAGAAGAGCGUCUUCAUGGUCUUUAUGCAGUGCAUCGCUGCCAUGUCACUUUUCCUCAACACCCUGGAAGUCCUCUACCUGGGAUACAAGAGGAUCCGACGGGAUCUCCUGGACUUUUAUCCACAUUUGAGGGAAGACCUGGAGGACUUGGACGGACGCAAAAAAUCCUCGGUGCUCCAAGGUAACAGGAAAGCCACGUUAAUCUCGGCACCCGGCGACUUCAACGUCUUGGCGGACCCCCGGCGAGGAAGCGCUUUCUACCCCGCCCAACCUCCUGCGGGUCUUCAGGGACCGAGCACGCAGGACGAGUCCGCCUUGACGCCAAGCGACGUGCUUAAGGAGGACCUGAAGAGUCAGGAUAAGGAGACCAGUAGUGGAAGGAGUAGCCCACAGAAAGCUUCAUCGUCCACGCUUCAGACAGCCAGGAGGCCUUGGAGGACCCACGAUGUCGCCUUCAGUUGCUCCACAGUGCCGGAGGGCAGGAGCUCGGACACAGACUCACAAGGACGCGAAGGAUUUGCCCCGUUGGGGCUUCAAAGCUGGUCGUCCGCUUCGGGCUUGGCGGAAGACUCCAAGCACAGCCCGAGAGCCGAGCCCUCCGCCGGGCGCAGGGCGUCGGAGGCGAGCGCGGCGAGCAGCAGACGAGCGACGGACCUUCAGAUCUGACUUAGCCUGGACGCUGUUACCUCCACCGGGGUUGUGCGAAUUAUGCAAACCAGACCAAGAGGAACCUGGUCUUUGGUUAAAUGUUGUACAAAAGUUAAUAAAGAUUUUAAGCGGAAUGCAAAAACAACUGAAUGAUAUAUUGUUCGCAGGCAUGUCCCGAUCAAACAUUGAUACCAGCUAUCGGCCUGAUAUCAGGAAAAAAGAACCAAGUGCAUCGCUGGACAGUUAACAUCUAAAUGUCCUCCAACUAACAAUACAAGACUCUCCUGAAGGACAGCGCAGCGAAGACACAACAAACUCUCUUCUUGUCUCUCACAGACACACACCUGUUGUUGUUGACUUUGGACUGGUGACUGCACGACAUCAAGGCGGCGAAACAGAAGCAGUUUUCCACAACAUUUUCUGUAGGUUAUAUAACACUUUUAACUGAAUGUAUCUCUGCCAAAAACAAACAUGUUAAUAGACGUUAGUGAGGAUUAUUAAAAAAAAGUUACUUGGUUAUUUUCCACGACAUUUGGUGAUAUUGUUGGAGCGUCAGCCAAUUAGUGAGUCAUGUGAUUACCAGGUGAGAAAGUGCAGACAUCGAAGGCCAAAUUGCUUACGAACGUUUUUUAUAAUAUGUAUGUUAGAUCCACUAUGGAC